AGUUUAGCGUGCAUGUAUAAAACAGUAGGAGAGGAGAGAGAAACAAACUGAAAAAACUUUGAGAGAGAAAGAGAGAGAUAACGCUUCCGAGCUGGGAUUGCUUAGGGUUUCGUUUUUUGCCCCGAUUGUAAAUUUCAAUUCAUGAAAUCGAAGCCCUAAGUCUAAUAAUCUCAUCAUGGAUUACUCCAUUCCAAACCAAUUCGAAAUCUUUGAUAUCUAUCAGCGAUUCUGCGAUAUCAAAUCAGGAAAUGCGUAUUCUUACAAAGAAGCCGGCAACAUGUACGAUGAUGAUUCCGAAAAGGUUAAGUUUUUAAGAGAGGCAAUGGCCGAUCUGACAAAAACAGUGGAUUCAAACAUGAGUAUGAGCUUUUCGAUUUUGGAUGAACUAUACAAGCUAAUGUCCAGCCUAAAUAGAAUGGGGGACUUUUCAGAAUUUUCAAAUUUCUACGAUUUUGUGUUCUUUAUAUGCCGGGAAAGUGGUCAAAAGAAUAUCACUGUAAGCAGGGCAAUAGCUGCAUGGAAAGUAGUCCUUUUUGGAAGGUUUCGGCUACUUGAUCAGUGGUGUGACUUUGUUGAGAAAAACCAAAGGCACAAUAUAACUGAAGAUACGUGGCGUCAAGUUUUAGCUUUCAGCCGCUGUGUACAUGAAGAUCUGGAAGGGUAUGACCCUGAAGGUGCUUGGCCCACAUUAAUCGAUGACUUUGUUGAGCACAUGUACAGAAUUACUGGGUUCAAUAACUGCACUAGUGAGAAUCUCACCUGUGAUUGCGAUGUCCCCUUGGGGAAAUCAUCCAUGUUUGAAGAACCCCUUCCAGGAUUAAAGAACUUGCCUGGCUUGAAGAGAAAAUUCCGGCAGAACUUACCGGGAAAUAAUAUGGAUAACAGUUCCCUACCAUGUGAAGUGAUAAAUUCCAUAAGCUGUAAGCGAAGGAAGCACCAGCAGCUCAAUAGAUGUGGAGAGAAUGCUUCAGAUGAAGGGAUGCAGACUGUUAAUCCAUUGAAUUCAUCAAAAUAUCUUUACACAGUUGAAGGCUGCCUUUCAAAGGGCUUUUCUGGUCUUUUCUCAUCUCCUUGUGUGCAGAAUCAGGAGCAGAGGGUAUCAUAUACGUGAAGAACAUGGGCAUCAUAUAGGGGUAUAUUUUUAACAAAUAGUGUACCGGCAAUAGUUUCACCUAUGAGUUUUCUCUGAAGUUCAUACCUUCAUAAUUAGCAAAGAUGUUGUAAAAAUUCCGAACUUUACUUAAUUUGAAUUGGUGAAACAAUGCAAUUGGUGGAAAGUCAGUGAAGCUUUCAGUUGCUGGCAGUCCUUCCCCAAUGGUGGUCUCCAACGUAGCCAAAUGACUCAAAUUGUAGAGAGACGGCCUGGUGAAGUAAAUGUGAUACAAUGCCCUACCUUGUGCUGUUAUUAAAUGUAUAUUUCUUUCAUCACUUUACCUCAAUGAUAAGAAGAUUCAUGAGCUCAUAUUGUACCUUGAAGAUUUGCUUCAAGCUGGAAAAUGACGAGCGGACUCGAAACAUGCCAAGCCUUGAGAGUUAGGUCCGGGGCAAAGCUCGCUCUCUAAAAGUUUUGCUCUAGCACCAGUCGCAGCCUCAAGCUUCGUUCCUUGCUCGUUGGCAAAUUGGCAAUUGGUUUUAACAUUCACUCCGUCCUCGUCAGCUCAGUAAUGUCUUUUUUUUUUUUCCUUUCUUGUUUUAGGUUGAGUUUAUAGGUAUUUUAUGUACGCAGUCAGGUGACAAGUGAUGAUUUUAAGGUUGAAAUUUUGGUGAUGAUUUUACUAGGGAUAAGUAUUCUAUUGUAUUCAAUAUUCUUUCGUACUUUCGAAAGACAACCACAAUUACUAUCAUUAUUUAUAGGUGAGCAAUUUAGAUCAUUA